CCAGCCCUAAUACACGAGCCUUUGAUCUGUUGGGGGAAAGAGGGGGGUUCUUUCCCUCUCUACCCUGUUUCUAACCACCAGACACCACCCUCUUCACGUCACACUUAUCUCAACACUACCGGUUUCCCACGAGAUAUUUGAAGACAAAACUAUAAGUUUCGGAUUUUUUUUCCACCCAGGCGAUACUAACAAAGGGACCAAACAAGACGAAAAUGCCUGUUACGGCUCAAAGUUCUACUCAAAAUCCAACCCUAGCUCUGAGAGACAGACUGAAUACCCUGUCCGCAGAGAUAUCCAGUCGACAGUCCUCUGAGCUCUUGGAUGAGGGUGCAUUGAGUGAUAACUUUCUAAGAACCCUUCAGAUCGAGUGCAUUCUCUUUGACUUUGAACAACUUGAUAGUGAAGAUGCUAAGCUUUCCCUUGAACCACCUGUUCUCCUUCGUCCAAUCUCACUUGAGAUAGCUGAGAAGCACCCUAUAGACCCAAAAUACGAGAGUCUCGAAGAUCAAAAAACGUUGGAAUUUCGAGACUACAAUCCUCCUAAGGAAUCCCAGGAAUUUAAAAAAAACCGUCCUGGUGCCCUGAAGUCUGCGCAAGAAGUGUCGCGAUUUACUUGUAUGCUUGGGCCUUUAACCAUUCUAUGGCUGGCGAAACCUGGGCACGGUACCUGUCACUCGAAAGUGAACAGAUCGGGUUAGUAUCCAGUCCGCCUUUUCUUUUCUUUUCUUUUCUUUUCUUUUUUUUUUUUUUUUUUUUUCCCUACAUUUGGACUGAAAAAGGGAAAUAUUGUUCUAGUUAUCCGCACCCAUUUUGGAGACAUCGCUUGGAGGUUAACAUGCACGGCCAUUGCUGGGUCCCUGAGCCACUAUAUGAAUAUAAUAAAGAAUCCGGC